GUCAGGCCAAAGACCCAGAUCCCCGACAGCCUCCCCCACAGUCCCUGCCAGGACCUGCAGCCCCUCAGCCUGCAGAGAGCCACCGCCGUCCUCAGUCCCCGGAUCCAGGCUCCGCCCACCGCCACCCACCAGCCCAGCAGACAGAACGACGCCCCGUUGGGCGCCAUGGACUCCAGCACAAGCCCCGCCCAGCACGCCUCCGCAGGAGCCGGAGUGGCGUACGCCAUCAUCGCUGCCUCCCCCGCCUCCGGUCACAGAGUGUCCACCGUGGGAGAGGCUGUGAAGGUCAUCAUCAUCCAGCCACAGGCCCCCAGCUGUACCGACGGGUCCCCGGGGGUCCAGGCUGACCCCCCAGCUCCCCCUAAAGCCCCCCCUCAGAGGAAGGAGGAGGACCCAGAGAAAGUGGCCUUCAUGGUGGCCCUGGGCCUGGUGACCACAGAGCAGCUGGAGGAGAUCCAGACCAGGAGGCAGGAGAGGAAGAGGAGGAGCACAGCUAACCCCGCCUACAGCGGCCUGUUUGAGCCCGAGAGGAAACGCCUGCCGUCACAUUACCUGAACAGCUCGCUCUUCCUGUCGGCUCGAGACUCUGAGGAUUUCUGCUGGAAGGAUGACCUGGAACACGAGGACCGCUGCGCYGUCUGUAAGGAGGACGGAGAGCUGCAGCUCUGCCACAACUGUCCCCGAGCCGUCCACCCCACCUGUCUCCACCCGCCCCUCAAGAGCCCCCCCAGAGGACCCUGGUACUGCCCCAAGUGCCAGAAGAAGGUUCUGAACAAAGAGAACCUGUCCUGGCCUCAGAACUUUGUCCAGUCCUACGUUACACACAAGACAGUCCGGCAGGAGGAGAAGCGGCGGCUCCUGAGGAGAAACAACGAGCUGAAGAAGGAAUGCGCUCACCUGGAGGAGGAGGACGAGAAGCUCAACGACACGCUCAAAAUCUGCAUGGACCAGCGGGACCGGCUCCUGGGCCAGCAGAGAGACACUCAGGCGUCCCUGGAGCGCCUCAAAGCCCUGGUCCGGCUGAUCCAGCGGGACCAGCUGAUCCAGGUCACCAUGACCACGACGCUGUCAGAGCCGUGGAUCAAACCCACCAGGACCGCCUCGCCGCUGGCCGCCCAGCUGUUCCAGGACGAGGCCAAGGACUAAAGACCGGGGUUCUCUGAGACCGGGGUCCUCUGAGACCAGGGUCCUCUGAGACCAGAGUCCUCUGAGACCAGAGUCCUCUGAGACCAGGGUCCUCCAGUGUCCUCUGAGACCAGAGUCCUCUGAGACCAGAGUCCUCUGAGACCGGAGUCCUCUGAGACCGGAGUCCUCUGAGACCAGAGUCCUCCAGAGUCCUCUGAGACCGGAGUCCUCCAGAGUCCUCCAGAGUCCUCCAGAGUCCUCUGAGACCCGAGUCCUCGGAGACCCGA